AGGGCAUCGUCGUUAUGUACGGUAUUAGUAAAUGCUAUGCAUGCAUGGCCCCCAAGCGAGGCAGAUCGGGGGCGUUGGGAGGAGGGUGCGGAAGGAUCGAGCCGUGGUGCUUUGCUUAACGUGGAUUAUUUUUUUUGGGCCUACCUUGGCCUCUCGGUUGAGGGCGCGCGCGUGGGAAAGAAAGGGUUGAUUAGUUGGUUGGUUGGUUUGUUAGUUAGCGGUGGCUCUCACUACCUACUACUGUACUGGGCUGGGGCGUUAGGGUUUUGGGGCUGUUGGUGGAAAGGGGCAUAGUGUACGCUUGUGCAUGGAUAGAGGCCGUUGGUAAGGCGGCAGGCUAGUGGGUGCUGACUAUGAUAUCUAGAUGUUUACUUUGUCGGAGCCCUCUUGCGAGCGGUCGAUAUAUCGAUUUCUUUGGAGCAGGUUUCACGGGCGAGCUGAGG